AAAAAAAAUAAAAUGGGUAGAGAAUCUCAUACGUGCCGAGUUUGCACUAAAAGGUCCAAGGACUUUGUCGAACUAGAAUCAAUUUACGUACGAAAGCCGCAGAUAACUUAUCUUGAAAUUUACAACAUUUGUACACAAUUAAAUGCUAUAGUGGACGAUGAAUUGCCCAAAACACUGUGUUCCUCUUGUAGAAAGGAACUUAAAUCGUCUUAUAAGUUUAUUGAAAAAGCUAGAGAAACUGAUAAAAGAUUGAGAGAAACUUUAUGCGUUCAUCGGAGCACACGAAGAAGUCGGAGAAUAGAAAAAGAAGAGGAAGGUUGUAGGGAGUUGAACAAAUCAACAACACCUUCAGCAACAUCACCUCAACACGAAACACAUGAUGUUGAACCAGAUUUUGAAGAAAUCAAGCCAGAGUUUAUCAAUUGUACAAAAGAUCCUUUAGAGGAUUCUGACUUAGAAGUUAACGAAAAGUCUGAAGAUGAAAUGGAUUGGGUACCUGAUGUUACUGAUAGUCUGCAAACAGAUGGCUUUGCUGAGGAAAAGACUGCGAUAAUUGAAGACGACGAUGAAGAUGACAAACCUUUAAAGCAGCUUAUAGAAAAACGAAAACUUGAACCCCUACCAACAGAACCGGAUAAAUCCAAUCCAGAUUAUGAUUCGUCAGAUGUCUUUAAUGAUCUUCCAGAACCAGCAGACGAUGACUCGUCCGAGAAUGAAAAUGAUGUAUUUAGGGAUAAAAUGAUGGAAGUUAUCCCAGAUCCACCAACAACUCAAGAAGCCCAGAUAUUUCCUCAAGGUCGCUAUAUGUGUAAAAUUUGCAAGAAGACCUACUUCACUGCUGAAGGACUGAAAGCUCACAUGAACGUUCAUAUGCCCAAGAAGAAAAAAGUCAAACGAAUUCGUGGACCGAAUAAGAAAAAUUCAAAAAAUAAAAAGAAGAAAAAGAAUGCAAGUGAUGAGGAAGGUGAUGGUGAGGAUGAUGAGGCAUUAGAAGAGAAAGACGCUGAGACUGCUGAGAAGAAUGAAGGAGAAAAUGAAGAAGUCUCUAAAGAAGAAGUUAAAGGAGACGAAUCAACAACUGUCGAAGUUAAGAAGAAAAGAAAAAUCAAACCUCCCAAACCGAAAAAGAUGUUCCCCUGCAGUGUGUGUGGGAAGCAUAUGAUAUCUGCCUCAAAGCUCCGCUAUCACAUGGUCAUGCACACUGGCGAAAAGGACUUUCUAUGCACAAUGUGUCCAAAAGCCUAUUCAACAAUAUAUGCCCUUAAACAUCACAUGCGUACACACACCGGUGAAAGACCAUACGAGUGUAAUUUUUGUGGUGAUAAAUUUACCCGACCAACGACGCUUAAGUCACAUAUGCGUCGCCACACCGGCGAACGACCUUAUGGCUGUGAUAUUUGCGGCAAGCGUUUUAUUCAACAUUCUUCAAUGACAACACACAUGAAACUAAACCACAUGGCAAAAACCAUUGCCUGUCCGCACUGUGAUAAAAAAUAUGCCCGCCAAACAGAUCUGAACACUCAUUUGCUCAGUCAUACGGGCGAUAAGCCUUUUUCGUGUUCGAUAUGUCCGAGUCGAUUUAUUCGUCAAGCUAAUCUAAAUAAACACAUGAAUCAGCAUCAUUUGGCAAAGAAUAAAACAUCUAAAACAAAUUCAACUGGUCGACAACAAAUAGAACUGAAGACUGAUGAACCAGUGCCGGAACAAUCUAUGACUCAAGAUGGAAACAGUAGCCAGCAGGCAAUAGAACAAAACACCGAAUAUGUAGAACAGAUUAUGGACAGACCAACAGCCAAUAUUCAGUUUGCUGGACAAUCUAAAAUUCAUUCUACUUCAACCAAUCAUAUGACUGAACAAGAAAAAAUCCCCUCACCCACUGGUUCAGUGGCCAAUCAAUUUGCUGGACAAGUAAUGCAACAAAAAAUCACUGCUGCAACAACGACAUCUAAUAAAUUCGAUGACAAUGUUAUGCAGCAGAAAAUCAAUUUCGACAUUGCCACAAAUCAAUUUAAUCCCGUGCAGCAGAGACCCCAAGAACCUAACCUUCCGCCUUUACCGAAAAUGGUUAGUGUGAGAUCUUUGGCUAGACCAUUGCAAAAGGGACCACCUGUUAUAGCGAGACGAGGUCAGGAAACUUCAACUCCACCUGGUAGUGACGAAAGCAAUAGCAGCCAGCGUUUCUUGCCAAAUGCCCCACUCACAUCACCAACUGCUGCAACUUCACAAAUAAGACAUCAGCAGAUACAACAAAACAAUAUGCUGCCACCAUCUACGCAACAACAACAACAGCAACAACGUUUGCCGAAUAAUGAAAACAGCAUGCCGAUUAGUAUGAAUAUUGCUGGAAUUCCUGGCGGUAUACCAACACAUAGUAUGCUAGGGAGCAGUGGAGUCGUUCAUAUCGGGCAACAUGGGCAAAUGGGGUCUGUUGAGCAUUUGAAGGGCAUUCAUCCUCCAGUUGAUAAUCUUACAAACUUGCUGGGUCAAGUUAUAGAUCCUGAACGUAUUGGACGUUCUGUCGAAGAAAUGAUUCCUUGGAAUUGGUCAAAUACUUCAUAAAAUAAAAUUAUUUUUAUGAUUUUUAUUAAACAAAAAUAAGUUUUAUUUUUUUUUUAUUUUAAGCCAUAGUUAUUAUAAGUACAAUCAUUGCAAUUUUUAUUUCUUUUAAUGAAACGGAAAAAGUAUGAUGUUAGUUAAGUGGCUUUUUACUGUUUUGAAAAAUAAAAAAAAAAAAACAAAAUGUAGAAAUUUAAGAAAUCUAUUUGUAAGAGUAAAAAAAAAUAAUAAUAAUGUAUGACAUUAUAAUGAUAUGUAAUAGCUUAUAGCACAUAUAUUUUUUACAUGAAGUGCAACUAAACGUUUAAACGUUACAAUUGUAAGUAGCAAUACAAAAAAACGAAUAAAAUUCAAAAGUAGAACAAAAACGUGUACAUUUUUGAAAACAAAUUUUAUUCAAAAUCUGAUAAUGCAUA